AUGGGGAUUGAAUGCGCACAGGGAGGGGGAGAGGGCCAGCAAGCAGCACGAGAUCGACUGGCUCAAACGCCACGCACGCCCUGCUGGGGGGAUGAGGGCGCAGGGCUGGCGCGGCGUUUGAGGCGAAUCCGCGAAUGGAGGCCUUCCCCUUUCGCCCUUUCUCCUUUGCCCGUCCCCCUUUGCUCCUCAAGCCCUCUUCCCUCUUCACCCUUUCUCCUUUGCCCUUCCACCUUCCUCCUCCCCUGUUUUCCCUUUUGCCCUCAUCCCUUCGCCCUUUACCCCUGCUGUCUGCUGCCAUAUCAAAAUUUUCGUCUUCUCUGCCCUCUUCUCUGCCCUAUCUCACCCUCACCGCCCUUCCCGCCCUCACCCCUGCAACCACACCAGGCCCGUGUGAGCAUGCUGGAGCAGCGGCUUUGUGCUGCAUCUCCUCUUUUCCCACGCCCCCACCCCCACCCCCACUCCAUACUCCCAUUGCCUGCUCUCGCCCCUGUUACCGCUGCUGCUGCUGCUUCGCCCCCUCUCCGCCCUGCUUCUGCCACUCCCGCCGCUGCCGCUGCUGCUGCUGCUGCUGCUGCUGCUGCUGCUGGUGGUGAAAGUUUGCUUGGGGAAGAGAACACUGCCUCAGCUACAGGAGAAUCAACCGCAGCAGGGGAGGAAAGGGGUGCUCUAUCAACCACUGCUCUAUCAACCACUGCUCUCUCAACCAGUGCUCUAUCAACCACUGCUCUCUCAACCACUGCUCUCUCAACCACUGCUCUCUCAACCACUGCUCUCUCAACCAGUGCUCUAUCAACCACUGCUCUCUCAACCACUGCUCUCUCAACCACUGCUCUCUCAACCACUGCUCUCUCAACCACUGCUCUCUCAACCACUGCUCUCUCAACCACUGCUCUCUCAACCACUGCACUCUCAACCACUGCACUCUCAACCACUGCUCUCUCAACCACUGGUCUCUCAACCACUGCUCUCUCAACCACUGCUCUCUCCACCACUGCUCUCUCAACCACUGCUCUCUCAACCACUGCUCUCUCAACCACUGCUCUCUCAACCACUGCUCUCUCAACCACUGCUCUCUCAACCACUGCUCUCUCAACCACUGCUCUCUCAACCACUGCUCUCUCAACCACUGCUCUCUCAACCACUGCUCUCUCAACCACUGCUCUCUCAACCACUGCUCUCUCAACCACUGCUCUCUCAACCACUGCUCUCUCAACCACUGCUCUCUCAACCACUGCUCUCUCAACCACUGCUCUCUCAACCACUGCUCUCUCAACCACUGCUCUCUCAACCACUGCUCUAUCAACCACUGCUCUAUCGACCACUGCUCUCUCCACCACUGCUCUCUCCACCACUGCUCUCUCAACCACUGCUCUCUCAACCACUGCUCUCUCAACCACUGCUCUCUCAACCACUGCUCUCUCAACCACUGCUCUCUCAACCACUGCUCUCUCAACCACUGCUCUCUCAACCACUGCUCUCUCAACCACUGCUCUCUCAACCACUGCUCUCUCAACCACUGCUCUCUCAACCACUGCUCUCUCAACCACUGCUCUCUCAACCACUGCUCUCUCAACCACUGCUCUCUCCACCACUGCUCUCUCCACCACUGCUCUCUCCACCACUGCUCUCUCAACCACUGCUCUCUCAACCACUGCUCUCUCAACCACUGCUCUCUCAACCACUGCUCUCUCAACCACUGCUCUCUCAACCACUGCUCUCUCAACCACUGCUCUCUCAACCACUGCUCUCUCAACCACUGCUCUCUCAACCACUGCUCUCUCAACCACUGCUCUCUCAACCACUGCUCUCUCAACCACUGCUCUCUCAACCACUGCUCUCUCAACCACCGCUCUCUCAACCACUGCUCUCUCAACCACUGCUCUAUCAACCACUGCUCUCUCAACCACUGCUCUAUCAACCACUGCUCUAUCAACCACUGCUCUCUCAACCACUGCUCUAUCAACCACUGCUCUCUCAACCACUGCUCUAUCAACCACUGCUCUAUCAACCACUGCUCUCAGCAUGAGCAUGAGCAGCAGAUGCUGUGUGUGUGUGAGUGCUAGAGGGGCCUGA